ACAGAAACUUCGACGAACUGAACUUGACGAAGAAUUGUCAGAGCCAUAGUCAUGACGCCAAGGCAAGCCUCUUGAUACCGUACCCGUAGCCCACAGGCCUUGCCAGGUACAAUACAUGAUCUUCAUUCGACCUGCGGGGAGAGGUCUCCAACAGCUUCUUUUUUGGAACGGCAGCAAUCGAAAUCGCAGGUGGUGUUGGAGGUACAGUACGGGGUACAUGUUCCUGUGCAACCAUUACACUGAGCUAAGGCACGGAACAUGGAACUCAUGGCCCUCACUUACAUCAUCACUAUCGCCAUCAUCUUAGCCACCGUGACCACUUACACGUCCUUACAGUUCACACCAAAUGUUCCAGCUGCGAUCACUGAGGAGACAUGUAUUUAUGGCAUGAAUCAAUCAAUCAAUCAGAAACAGGCAUCAGGUCACUGGGAAGAGAAAUUCAUGAUUAUUGACACAAAGACAGAGACAUACACACCGCUUAAUCAAGUUGAUUAGACGACUAGCUAUGCAAGUCCUCUAAAUUCCUGGUUUGCUUCCACAAACCAAUAUAGCCCGUCCCAUGCGGAUUCGUUUCCUUGGUUUGUCAUUGGAGUGCAUAGUUCCCCAACCAAUUCAUUGUGCGUCCAAAAUCAACAAUUGAGUCCAUGAUACGGAGUACAACAGCGCAGAGCGGAUGACUACUGUAGUCUACCGAAGCGCACAAACCAACACCAUCAGCCGCUGGGCGGCGUUCCGUCCGGUCAGUGCAACGGAUUAUCGAAACUUUACAAGGGGACAGGGAGGGUUGAGACGGGAUGGAUUGGUUGGACUGGAUUGAAUAGGAUUGGUGUUGACUUUGUUUACACACAGUCUAAAUUGGGACAUCUUCAAGGCUGAGGUGGUGCGCUAUCACGACACCCCUGAAACCAAUAGGGGAAGCUGAGUUGAAAUAGAGUGUUUUGGCUGAACAUCAUGACC